AUGAUUUCUCCCUUCAGCAUGACUGGCCUCUCAUGGGCUUUGCUCGCCAUGACGACCGCCGUUAAUGCCAGCCCACAUGGCCUUUUCCGCCGCCUUGCAGUUAACUUCGUCGACUGCAGCGACGAAAGGAAGGCGAAGCUGGAGACGGCUCUUGCUGAUGCUGCAGCUCUGGCAAAUAUCGCAGUGCUCGAUAUUGAUACCUCAAGCACCGCCUUUACCCACUACCUCCGUGAAGAGGACGCAGACAUGGCCAAGGGUCUCUGGAGUAUGGUUGCAGCGAAUAACGAUCCCACAAAUGCUCCAUACACCUUCUCCGUCCGAUGCGGCAAGCGGUGCCCCUCGGGAAGUCUUGCCAUUACCGACUCGGUCCCGCAAGACGGGAACACGCCGCGCGAGAUGUUGAUCUGUCCUUACUUCUUCAAGGCCGCUGAAACGAAGAACAAUCUCGACUCGAAGAAGUAUACCGCCGACGGAUGGUGUAAGUCGGGCCAGCAUUUCAGCGACUUCGAAACAGCAGGCCACACCAUUCUCCAUGAAAUGACCCAUCUCGAUGCUGUGGGAAAGUCAGCUGGCUUGCCAGAACGGGAUUACGGGAACUUUAAAUCCCACGGAACGGAUGACUUGGACUCCAAACUUGACUAUGUCGCCGCUGCUCGCGAUCUUCUGAAGGGGUGGGUUGAGGACCCGGACAGCUUUGGUGAUGAUGCUCUGAAGCCAUACCAGAAUGCUGAGAAUAUUGCUGCUGCCGCCACAGAAUGGUGGUUCAUCAAGAGCUGCAAGUUCACUGAAAUUGACCUCUGA